AUGUCAGCUACCAAUAUGCAUUACUUCUCGAAAAAUGGAAAAUUAAGAAUUCGCACGAUCCCAAACAGUAAUGAGAAGAGCACCUUGUCCGCGGUACUCAAAGACGCCGUCAACGAAUACACCCCAAUUGUCAAAGGAUUCCUCCACGCCAAACUCGUCGGCGAGCGACCAGCUGGAGUUCGAGAAAAAGUUUUGGCUUUCCGCAAAAAGCAGAAAGCAAGACUCAUUGAUGAGAUGGAAAAGGAGAGCGGAGUCAUCGUAAGGGAGGACAUCGGCACCGGAGGAUGGAUCCUUGAGAUGACGGGAAGGAUCUAUUUGCAAUCAGAAGUCAAGGAGAGAUCAGAAAUGGAAGGCGAAAAUUGUCACCACCUCUAUAAUGGAAUCAAAUUGGGAGGAGACAAGGAGCAGAUUUGCAUGUCGGUCUGGAGAACGGAGACCGUCGGAAAGUACAUCCGUCGGUCCUGCCAGCCGACAUGCGAGCUCCGUCACCUAUUCGGCUCCGAGCUUCAUUUGAUUGUUGUUGCUCGGAAACCAAUGAAGAGAGGGGACGAGGUGACGCUGGCUCUUGAUUCGGAUUGCCUUGACUUCCAAAACCAAUUAAAAUGCCUUCUCCACAAAUGGAACCCGGAAGACUGCCCAUUGGAGAAGCAGAGAUUAUUGAGAAAGGCGCAGAACGAGAGUCCGGCUGCUUACACAACUGUUGUCACCUUAACGGAUUCGGGAGAGGAGAUCGAAAACAUCGAACCGAUCGUCCCUAGGUUGGCUGGAUUUGCAGGACCGUCAUCAUCCGAUUCUUCUUCUAGUGGACCACCAAAAGUUCCGAAUGCUCCAGAAGAUGUUCUUCAGGGACGUGAAAACCAAGGAUCCUCUAAUCAUGAAAAUGAAAGUAAUCUUCCAGUUGCUCAAGUACCAACGAAUUCUCCAAAACUUGCCGAUCCUCCAAUAACUUGCAUCCAUCCUAUCGUCCUCCGUGAUCCAAUUGUCACGUCCCUACCAGCGCCUCGUCUGAAUUUUCCCCUACCAAUCUUCAACUCAUCGUCAUCCGGAUCUGCAAAUCGCUUACCACCUCCAAAACUCCACAAUGAGUACUCGGAGGAAGCACAAAACAUCCUCCGUCCCCGCUUCACCAUCCCAUCAGCCCAUCAUCAGGAGAUCAUUUCGAAUAUCAAAAACAAUCCGAGAGUCACUAAACAACCCUUUUCAUGUAACCUCUUAUUGAAAGAGGAUGUUGGGAAGGAUGAGUUGCUGUUCGAGAUGACUGGUUAUUUCAAGAAACGGAGUGAAGAGAACGCCGAAAGGAGUAAACGACAUCAUAUCGUAAUUGAUGGAAUGCCUCUCAGUCUGGAGACGCGGGAACAGGACACCCUCGCAAAAAAUAUGAAGAGAUCGUGCCAACCAAAUUGCCGUCUCACAUUUUUCUGCGGUGAAGAGCUCCACAUCUUUGUCACCAGCAAUGAGGCUAUCACAAAGAAUAGUAUGGUCACUCUCCCUGUGGAGCCGGACUUCUGGGAGUCGGAUGAGAAAUUCUGCCCCGAACAUGUGUUCCAGAAGAAGAAGUGCUCCGUCGAGGAUCAAUGGCUGCAGAGGAUGACGUCAGUAGCACCAGUCCCGGAGACGCCACUGGAAAAGGCUCCACUUGAUAAGCCGGAAUCUGAAAAUGACGAUCAAGCAGAGAUCGAUGAACCGGCUGAAAAUGACGGUGCUCCAGUCGUGGAUGCUCCAAGAGAAGCCAGAUCGCCGAGAGCCGUGAAUGAUGUCGCUUCAUCAUCUACUGGUUCAAAUAAUGGCAAUCCAGAGCCAGCACCUGAACCGAUGGAAGCUCCAGAGCCAAUUGAUGCUCCAGAAGCAGCAGCUCAUGAACCUGAGGAGGCUGCAGCUCCAGUAGCUGCUGUUCCAGCCACUGCCAGUCCUGCAACACUUGCUCCAUCAACUAGAAGACGCCUUCAACCUGCUUCAAACGGUCACCCUGAUAUGAGAAUCGGACAAUCAGCAGCUCUCGAUCUCACGGAGCCAGUGCAAGUUGACGUUCCAGCUACACUUGCUCCACCGACCAGAAUGCUCUAUCGAGUCGCCAAGAAGUCAAGAGGAGUUCCUGUAGCCAGUGUCCAGAACACACGAUCUGGAAACUCUUCUGCUGUCACGUCGCGAAGAACCGAUUGUCGCAGUGAUAGAGAUGCUAGACGUGUAGCAGCUCCACUAGCCGGAAGGAAGAAUAGAAGAGCCCAACGUCUGGAACAAGCAGCGUAUGCACGUAGUUGCAAACGAGAGAAUAAUGAUGCUGGAGCAGCCGCCAAUGUGGAUCCAGCUCCUGCGCCUCCAGCAGCUCCUACGGCUCCAGCAGUCGUCGAUUCCUCGACCACUCGACGGAGACGUGCGAGUCAAGCGUUGUCCCCGGUGGCUCCAGUUUCGACGCGUCGCCGUGCGGUAUCUCCUUUGGCUCCGGCAACUCCUCGCCCUGCUCGUCCAGCUGUUCCCCGUCGUUCGGCUCCAGGUCCAUCCGCUCCUCCUGCAGUCCCUGCUCCAGUCGCUGCUUCAAGAGCAAGAGAAGUCUCUGUGGCCCGACAGGAGCUAAUUGCACUCAUCGGACAAUCAAUGCAUCCCACUCGAGCAGCGGUCAAACAGCUAAGGGACAAAAAUUCAAAUCAAGGUCAUGGCAAGAAAUAA